UUCAUCUCUCUGGACUCCACAUCUGUCGGGAAACACCACAGAGCUCAACGCACUUCCAUAACACGAUCAGCAGCAGAAGAGCAUUCUGGGACCAAAAGAGCAGAUCUUCAUGACCAAAGUUACGAUGUCGUGGCACUCGACGUACAGAAGCUCAAAGUUCCGGCAUGUUUACGGAAAAGUGGGAAGCAGGGAACAGUGUUACGAGGGAAUUCCCAUCACUCACAGCGUCCAUGACAACCACUUCUGUGCCGUUAACCCCAAGUUCCUCGCCGUGGUCACAGAGAGCGCUGGAGGAGGAGCGUUCAUCGUUAUCCCACUUCACAAGCCAGGGCGAAUAGACCCUCAUCACCCAAAGGUGUGUGGCCACCAGGGCAGCGUGAUGGACAUCAAGUGGAGCCCGUUCAUGGACAACAUCAUCGCGUCCAGCUCUGAGGACUGUACGGUGAGGAUCUGGCAGAUUCCUGAGGGCGGUCUGAGGAGGAACAUGACCGAAGCUCUGAUGAUCCUGAUUGGCCACAGCCGGAGGGCGGGGCUUAUCGAGUGGCAUCCCUCCUGUAGCGGGAUCCUCAUCAGCGCCGGCUACGACUGCAAGAUUCUGAUUUGGAAUCUGGAAGAGGGCGUGGCUGUGAAGAUGAUUGACAGCCAUCCAGAUGUUGUCCUCUGUAUGUCCUUCAACACUGAUGGAAGUUUACUGGCCACGAGCUGCAAGGAUAAAAAACUGCGGAUUAUUGAUCCGCGUUCAGGGAAAGUUCUUCAGGAAGCAGACUGUAAAAGCACGAGAGUGAACCGCGUGGUGUUUCUGGGUAAUCUGAAACGUGUCCUUACCACAGGCGUCUCCAGGUGGAACACCAGACAGAUUGCAUUAUGGGAUCAGGAGGACCUGUCUGCACCCGUCAUGGAGGAAGAGAUCGAUGGGCUGUCGGGAGUCCUCUUCCCGUUCUAUGAUCCCGACACACACAUGAUCUAUCUGGCCGGGAAGGGCGACGGAAACAUCCGGUAUUACGAGGUCAGUGCGGAGAAGCCGUUCCUGCAGUUGCUGAUGGAGUUCAGGUCUCCGGCUCCUCAGAAGGGUCUCGGUGUGAUGCCCAAGCGCGGCGUCGAUGUGGGCGAGUGCGAGAUCUUCAGGUUUUAUAAGCUGGUGACUCUGAAAAAUAUGGUGGAGCCCAUUUCCAUGAUCGUCCCGCGCAGGUCGGAGUCGUUUCAGGAGGAUGUUUUCCCGAUGACGGCGGGCUCAGAGCCGGCUCUGUCGGCCGAGGAGUGGCUCAGUGGGACCGACAGGGGGCCAGUGCUGAUUUCUCUUAAAGAAGCGUAUAAACGUCCAAAUCCAGCAGGACUCAGAGCAUCGAGACGAGACAGACGCACUGUGAAGGGUAUCGACUUACUGGAGAACACUUCAAACACAGACAAAGAGCUGCUGAAGACGGUCUACAGGCAGCAGGACGAGCUGAGGAAGCUCAAACAUCAGCUCGCAGAGAAAGACCAGAGAAUCCGGCAACUGGAGCUGGAGCUCAAGAACCUGAGGAACACGUGA